AUGAAAAUGGACAUGGAAGGAGUGGAUAUGACACUUUGGCCAGAGGCAGAGUUUGAGGAAAAAUGUACAUAUAUUGUGAAGGAUCACUCCUCGGAUAGCAGCUCAGAUGGAGGGAGUGCUGUGCAAGCACAGGCUUCACUGCCUAGGAACUUACUUUUUAAACAUGCCACUGACAGCAAGGAGGUGCUUGGUGUUCUAAGUAAAGAGUAUAUUCCUAAAGGGACUCGAUUUGGACCAUUAGUUGGAGAGAUCUACACCAUAGACACCGUUCCAAAGAAUGUUAAUAGGAAAUACUUUUGGCGGAUAUAUUCAAAUGGGGAAUUUAACCACUAUAUUGAUGGGUAUUAUGAAGAAAAGAGCAACUGGAUGCGCUAUGUAAACCCAGCACAUUCCAUUCAAGAACAGAAUUUAGCAGCCUGCCAGAAUGGCAUGAAUAUAUAUUUCUAUACCAUCAAGGCCAUCCCAGCCAACCAGGAACUGCUUGUGUGGUACUGCUGUGAAUUUGCAGAUAGACUUCACUAUCCUUCAUCUGGGGACCUGGGAAUGAAUCUCCAGCAAAGUCUAAUAAUCACAGAAGGGCAGAUUUCAAGGAAAGAGGUGAUGCAUCAAAAAGCCCCACCCAAAAAGGAGCACAGCGUAAAAGAAAUCUUAAAAGACACAAAUCCAUCUACACCCAAGGACAUUCUACUGACUAGUGUCUCCCAAGAGAAAGAAACUGCAGACCCCUUUAGAACUUCGAGCUCUGAAAGAUCUUUUGUUCCAAGAAUCGUUUAUCCAUUCCGCGCCCACAUUCAUGAGGAAUAUUUAAAGGCCCCUGUGGGGUAUGGACUAGAGAGAUCAAAUUAUGUCAUGCAUUCACCAAUUCAGCCAUCCUCUCCACCAAGUCCCUCAGCAAGAAGCAGCCCUGACCAAAGCUUUAAAAGCUCAUCUCCUCAUGGUAGCCCUGGAUCUGCAGUGUCGCCACAUCAUCCAUCCCAGGAUCACAGACAAUUCUAUCCCUUCCUAAAUAGACCAUACAGCACUGAAGGACUAGCAUCAUUCCCUAGCUAUGCACCCCCAACCAGUCAUCUGCCACCACCUUUUUUAUCUUCCUACCACUCUUCCUAUCCCAAGUUCUUGUUACCACCUUAUGGUCUUAACCCACUGAACAGUAUUAAUGCCAUGAAUAAUUUCAAUAUUCUACCAAGAAUGUACCCAUUUUAUGGCAGUAUGCUUGGAGGUGGAAGCCUUUCACAUCACAUGUUAAACCCUGCAUCCCUUCCAGGUUCUUUGCCCCAUGAAGGGGCCCGCAGGCUGCUUCAACCUGACCAACCUCGGGACUUUCUCAUUCCUGCACCCAAUAGUGCCUUUUCUAUCACAGGGGCUGCCGCUAGCCUGAAAGACAAGCAAAUCAGCCCAACAAGUGGAUCUCCCACUGCUGGCACAGCGGCAAGUUCUGAGCAUGUCAUGCAACCUAAACCUACCUCAGCAGUGAUGACCACAAACAGUGAUGAGGCCAUCAACCUGAUCAAGAGCAAAAGAAAUAUGACUGGCUAUAAGACUCUUCCAUACCCACUUAAAAAGCAGAAUGGAAAAAUCAAAUAUGAGUGCAACAUUUGCUCAAAGACAUUUGGUCAGCUCUCAAACCUGAAGGUGCAUCUCCGUGUUCACAGUGGUGAGCGACCAUUCAAAUGUCAGACUUGCAAUAAGGGAUUCACGCAGCUAGCACACCUACAGAAGCACUUUUUAGUACACACAGGGGAGAAGCCUCAUGAAUGUCAGGUAUGCCACAAACGGUUCAGCAGCACAAGCAAUCUAAAGACUCAUCUCCGACUCCACUCGGGAGAAAAGCCCUACCAGUGCAAGCUGUGCCCUGCAAAGUUCACCCAGUUUGUGCAUCUCAAACUGCACAAACGGCUUCACACAAGAGAACGACCACACAAAUGUGUUCACUGCCACAAAAGUUACAUCCACUUAUGCAGCCUCCAUGUUCACAUGAAGGGAAACUGUCCUGUGUCCCCAAGACCAGGCCUUACCAGAGAGGACCUCACUGUCAUCAAUGAGGAGAUUGAGAAGUUUGACAUCAGUGACAGUGCAGACAGACUGGAGGACAGUGACAUGUCACCCGCUGUGGAGAAAGAAAUAUUGUCCCUUCUCCGACGGGAAAUAGAAGGUGCAAGUAUGAAAGUACCUCUUCCCAGGAGCCUGGGAAAUGGACUCCUUUCUUCUGGGUGCAACUAUUAUGAACAGUCAGACUCUGUAGUUAUGAAGCUGGCUCACAGCUCCCCGCUACCUCUGUUACCUGUUAAGGUCAAGCAAGAAACCAUUGAACAAAUGGACUCCUAA